AUGGGUCUUCAACAGGGGGUCCGUGGCCGCAAUGGGUGUGUGUCAGGGAGGACUGUGAAGGAUACAGUGGAGGAAUGGACCCGCUACAGAAAUGAAUGUCUGCUUCGGAUGAGUACAGAAUCCAGACCUAAAGGAGUGUUUUGUGGCCGUAUGUUUGACAUGUACGCCUGCUGGUCAGAUGGGAAACCAAACUCUACAGUCAAGGUGCCCUGCCCCUGGUACCUGCCCUGGUACAACCAAGUGCGUAAUGGCUUUGUGUUGCGGGAGUGUGGUCCUGAAGGUCAGUGGACCACCAGCAACUCCAGCCGCACCUGGAGAGACCAUUCAAAGUGCAACUCUGACAACAGUCAACAGGAAGCUCAGGAGAAGCAGCUGAUGAUCUUGGCCUACUUCAGAGUCAUGUACACAGUGGGUUACUGUGUUAGUCUGAGCAGUCUCACGCUGGCUCUGGUUAUUCUGCUAUUCUUCAGGAAGCUGCACUGCACCAGAAACUACAUCCACACCAACUUGUUUGCAUCAUUCAUUCUGCGAGCGGUUUCCAUCCUGACCAGAGAUGCUCUGCUGAGCAGAGACACUCCUGAGUUCAGAGACAAGAGGGACAUCUCACAACUACUCAGUGAUCAGGCAGUGUCCGGCUGCCGCGUGGCUCAGGUGCUGAUGCAGUACUGUGUGGGAGCCAACUACUACUGGCUGCUGGUGGAAGGCCUGUAUCUACACAACCUGCUGGUGCUGAUGGUAUUCUCCGGAAACCGAUACUUCUGUGGAUACCUACUCAUUGGCUGGGGCGCCCCAGUGUUGUUUGUGGUUCCUUGGAUUAUUGUACGUUACCUGCUUGAAAACACAAGGUGUUGGGAGAUAAAUGAGAAAAUGGCGCACUGGUGGAUAAUCCGCACUCCCAUCCUGCUCGCCAUCCUGGUGAACUUCUUCAUCUUUAUCCGCAUCAUCCAGAUUCUUGUAUCCAAACUGAAAGCCCAUCAGAUGAGAUACACCAACUACAAAUUCAGACUGGCCAAAUCCACCCUGACCCUGAUCCCUCUGCUGGGGAUCCAUGAAGUGGUCUUUACAGUGUUGACAGAGGAACACACAGACGGCGUCCUCCGCAACGUCAACCUCUUUUUCCAACUCUUCCUCAACUCUUUCCAGGGUUUAUUUGUAGCCAUCCUCUACUGUUUUGUCAACAAGGAGGUGCAGGCAGAGAUAAAGAGGAAGUGGCAGAGGUGGAGGCUGGGGAUGACUGACCUGGAUGACCUUAGAAACACUAGCAGCAACAUGCUACAGGUUGGUGCCAGCAUGCCACCAUCUACCCAGUGCCACCAUUUAUCUCCCUGCCUGCUGCCCCCCCAUUGUCCAGAGGACAUCCUCCUCUCCGCUCUGCCCCACCCCUCUGCUCCUCCUCACACUCAGCUCCACCUUCCUCACCCCUGCACCCGCCACCAGGACCAGCCGGGAGCCGGACAGCUCAAGACCUACUGCUAUAUCUCUGCUCAUACUCAGAGUGGAGAAGGAGGAAAUGAGGAGAAGUGUUGCGAAAGCUACUGCUGAAAAUAAAACUUUAAAGUUUUCAGCAAAAUAAAGAAAUAUCAGCACCAUUCCCAUGGAGGGAGCAACAGGAGUUUAUUUUUUUUCUACCUCUGAAAUUGUUUUGUGUUGAAAGAUGGAAAUCACACUGUAAAGUGAAUAAAACCACAGUGGUAUUCUCUUGC